CUUUGCGUUUCAGUUUUCCUCGUUCGCUGGGUCGGCGUGGUCGUGGUCGCUGGUCGCUCUCGCGCGUGCCGCACAUCCAGCUCCCCGUUAAAGGAGCGUGUAACGGAGCGAGCAAAGAGUCAGUCAGCCCUGCGUCCGUCAACCAAGCGGACAUGGCCCCGCGGACAGUGCUCCUGCUCGUCGUUGUCCUCGCUGCCGGCGCCUCUGCAGCCGACCAAAGCAACGCUCUCGACGCUCCUCAGCCUAAGGGCAUUCUUCUGACAGGGACGAAAACCUUCUUUAGCUACUUCAGGCCGUCGUCCCCGACGCAGGAAACCGUCGCCACGAAAACAUGUAACUGCGUGUGCGGCGAAAAGAACGAGGACAGCAGAAUCGUGGGCGGACAAGAGACUGCGGUCAACGAGUACCCGUGGAUGGCGCGGCUCUCCUACUUCGGCCGCUUCUACUGCGGAGGCACCCUCAUCAACGACAGAUACGUCGUCACGGCUGCCCACUGCGUUAGAGGAUUCAUGUGGUUCAUGAUCCGAGUGUCAUUCGGCGAGCACGACAGAUGCGACAAAGAGGGCAAACCAGAGUCUCGCUUCGUGUUGCGGGCGAUCGUGCAGGAUUUCACGUUCCUCAACUUCGACCACGACAUCGCGCUGCUGCGGCUUAACGACAGAGUGCCCAUUUCGGCCAAUAUCAAGCCCAUUUGCCUUCCCACAGUCACUGAAGAGAAAUACGUGGGAAAGAUCGGUACCGCGUCCGGCUGGGGCACAACCCAAGAGGAUGGGAAGCCGAGCUGCGUGCUGCGCGAGGUGGACGUGCCGGUCAUGAGCAAUGAGGACUGCAGGAAGACCAACUACACCGAGCAGAUGAUCACGGACAACAUGAUGUGCGCCGGCUACCCUGACGGCCAGAAGGAUUCUUGCCAGGGUGACAGUGGAGGACCCUUCAUCACUGAGAGGGCAGACAAGCGGUUUGAACUAAUUGGUGUGGUCUCGUGGGGCAACGGAUGUGCUCGUCCAGGCUUCCCUGGAGUGUACACCCGCGUGACCCGCUACCUCGACUGGAUCGAGAAGAACUCGCAGGACGGCUGUUACUGCACCAACUAAUAUACUCCUGAUGCGCCGAUGACAAUCACACGGGUAUUCCAAUGAAGCAUACUCUGGUCGGAGUGAAAAUUGAGAGAGUCGAGAGUGCAACAAUUCGUGUGACUGGUGUAUGAAAUGAGAUGUUAAUUUAAUAUUUAUGUGAUUGAGUGAAAAUAUUCUUGUCUUAAAUUUAAAUAUGCUCUCAUUUCUUUUUGAAGUGAGAAAAAAUUCAAGCGCUGGAUACGAGUUUUUAGUUUUGUAAGCUGUAUUUAUACAAAUAAAUAAAUAUAUACAUAUUUCACCAAA